GCCCUCCGGGUUUCUUAAUCCUCACUUCGCAAUCGAAUCUCGAAGGAGCCUAGCAUCAAGCCCAGGAACAUGAAGGUCGCGUUGGUUCUAAUCGCAGUAUUUGCCACUGCCUUGGCCUACCCAGUCUACGAGGUCGCGGAAGAAGUAGCUCCGAUAAGAGUCGCCAGGGAAGCGAACCCGGAACCCUUCCUUCUAGGUGGACUCGGCGGGUUCGGCGGAUUCGGCGGAAUCGGUGGAUUCGGUGGCGGCUACCACAAAUUCGGCGGAGGAUUCGGUGGAGGAUUCGGUGGAUUCGGUGGAGGCUUCCGCAAAUACGGCGGCGGAUUCGGUGGAUUCGGUGGCGGCUUCCACAAAUUUGGUGGAUUCGGUGGAUACGGUGGAUAUGGCUACCCUCAUUGGGGAUGAGGUGGUCCUUUCGCAAAAGCCGAAGCCAUCGGAAGAUAAGAGAUCUACCCCGGACGUUGUUAAUCCUGAAGUAAUCACUAGACUGCGAAUUUUCAUGCAUCGAAUAAAAAAAUAUGCACCUCUUUUGUCACUUGAACAUUAACAUAUACGAAAUCUACUAUGCUUCUAAUUCCAUGAAAGCUUCGGUCUAAUAAUGAUCGAGCGUUGCUCAAUUUUGUAACAUUCAUUAUUAAACCAUUUUGUAAUUAAAUCCGAAUAAAUUAUAUUCUGACUAUAA